CAUGGUCGCCGACGUUUUGGCAGCCGCUGCCACAUGCGCACACCGAUUGGGCCCACUGUGCAACGUGUGGCUGUUGACGACAGCAGCAGCAGCACAGGCAGCAACGAUCGCAACUCGCGACACGAGCAAGGCGAACGGAAAGGUGUGCGGGUUAUGAGCGGCAACGGGAGCGGGGGAGCAAAAGCAAAAGCAAGUGACGAACUUACGGCCAACAGCAGCAGCAACAACACCAAUAACAGCAACAGCAACCGGCCCGUUUGGAGCAGCGCGCAUGCCACACACAGUUUAAAUAUGUGAAAUUAGUACAAAUCGUGAUUUCAACAGCGAACGACGAGCGACGAACGAACGUCGACGAAGUGGCGACAAAACCAACAAAAAAAAAAGCACGAGCGAGCAGCAGCAGCAGUAGCAGCAGCAGCAAUAACAACAGCAACAGGCUCAGCCACAGAAGUAGCCACAGCAGCAGCAGCAGCAACAUCAGCUAAAGCAACAUCAACACAGCAACUAAUAAAACAAAGGCCAAAGCUUAAGGAGGAAACAAAAACAACUUCUGUAAGACAUAAAACAAUAAUACCACAGCUUUAAACCGAUAUUUAUGCAAUUGCAACACCAGGAAGAACAUCAACAGCUAGAUCAAUAACGAAAUGGAGACACCAACACUUACCUACACCAAAAAUAAUACCAGCCAAAGCUCCAACGGCGAGUCCUAACUAAUUAACACCAACAGCGGAUACACCAAGAAAGUUGAUUCCUAUUAACAUUAAAAAAACACCAACACAACAAACUCCAAAACCAGGAAAUACAACAACAACAUACUAAUCACAACACCAACAAAUACAACAACUACUUCAAAACUGAUUGGAGAAUCAAUACAACAAUUAACAACGAUUACACCAACGCUCUUCGCUCUGUGGAAUCAAGUGGCAACCACAACAACACCUACUCGUCCAACAACAUGCAAUAAAACAGCUGAUAGCAAAUAGAAACGCCAGCAGCAGCAGCAACAACAACAAAGCCUGGCAUUAUCAAGCGAGCAACAACAGGUCGCGCGAAAAAGCAAAAAGUCAGAAGAAGAAAAAGACAACGAAAAAGCCCGCCUGCUGCAGCACUCACACUUUGACAGCCGGAAAAGAGACAGCGGGUGUAAGAGAGAGAGAGGCGAGUCGCACACCUUUGCGUUGAUUUUGGACGGCCAAACGAACGGAACGAGCGAGCGAGCCCUCACUCUCUCACUCACACAAAGUGCAGCUGAGCUGGCGCUGCCGCUGCCGCCGCACUUGCCGCUGCCACAACACAGCGCCGAACGCGCUGAACGUUGCGAACGCUCAACGCUCAACGCUCGCCGCUGCUGCCGCCAGUCGAAAGUCAAAAGCAACGUGUUGUGGACGCUUUUUUCGUCGCGUUGCCGUUGCGUUGCGUUGCGUUCGCCUUUCAGCCUGCUGCGGCCCCCCAUCUCUCUUUCUCUCUCUAUCCACCUGCCUAUCUCGCACCCACCCACCGCUGCAGCCACCACCCCACCAACACCCCCCGCUGGGCGAAACUUUCACCAUUAUGUCCAGCAGCGCAGCCGCAGCGCAGUUCAAGCUUGACGCCAACUCCAAUGCCAUUGCAUUGAUCGCUGAUGUUGCCUCUGCCGCGGCGCAGUCGCUGCCGCUGCCCCUAACGCUGCCACUAUCGCUACCUCUGCCGCUGCCUCUACCGCCAUCGCCCACGCACCCAGCGACGGCGACAGCGACGCCAGCUGACCGCAUCGAAUGGUCGCGCUCCACGAUCCUGAACUUCAUCGAGGACUACCGGCGUCAGCGGGUCCUGUGGGACCCCAAUACCAAGGGCUACCACAUCAAGCAGACGAAGUACGAGGCCCUCAAGCUGCUGAGCAGCAAGUACGGCACGGAAAUCCGCUCAAUCCGCUCCAAAAUCAAGUCGCUUCGCAGUUCCUUCCAUCGCGAGCAUGGCAAGGUGCUCAGCGGACGCAGCCGCGGCGUCCACUAUCAGCCGAUGUGGUUUGCCUACGAAGCCAUACGCUUUAUCCUGGAUGGCGAGCGGGAUCAUGAUCAGGAGCCAGAGCCGGAGCAGGCUUCGGAGCGGGAUCAGGAUCAGGACCGUGACAGGGAGCAUGAUCUGGAUCGCGAGGCGGAAACGGAGGCCGAUGAGAAGCUCGCCCUGAUGCAUAGCCUGGACCUGGAGCAGCUCAAGGCGGACAAGCAGCAGCAGCAACAGGUGGAGCGGGACCGAGAGCUGCACGCCGAGGAGCUGACCGCCCGCAUUGCUGCCACCGUUGCUGCCGUCGCUGCUGCUGCGGCGGCCGCCAAUGCCAGGGAUCGGGAGCGGGACAGGGAACGAGAUGCGGACAGCAUUGCCGGCGAUGCCAUGGAUACCGCCGGUGAUUUGGAUCUCGAGGAGGCAACCGGAGCGGUUGAAUCCUCCUCGGCGGCUGUGACACGUUCCUCUUCCGAUUUGGAUGGCGAGAAUUACUGCAAUAUCAGUGCCGAAGAUGUGAAAACAGAAAUUAUCGAGCACGAAUCGGAGCUGGGAAUGCUGGAUCGCCGGACGAGCACACCGUCGCCCAUAAAUUACUAUAAGCCUACGGACCUCACCUACAAUCACCGCAAGCGCAAGGCCAUGGACGAGUGCAGUGGCGUGGUCUUGGGGGGCGUGAUGGGCGUGGAGCAUGUUGUGGGUGCCCUGACACUGACGCCAAUCAAGGCAUCGGGUGGCGAACGGACAGGCUGCAGUGGCGUAGGAGGAAAUCCCAGUCAGCAGCAGCAGCAGCAGCAGCAGAUGAACCACAGCCAGCUCGCGUUUCAGGCGCUGCAGCAGCACUUUAGUCACAGUCACAGCCUCAGUUUAAGCCACUGCAACGGGCAACCACAGCAGCAGCAGCAGCAGCAGCAGCAAUCGCUGCAACACCAGCAACAACAUUCCAGUAACAUGGCACAGAAACGUGAUCGUGACCGUGAUCUCCAUCAUCCUCCAUCGAAUGGCCACAACAACAAUAACAACAACAACACCUCGCUGGACCCCACUGGAGCCACCUCCAGCAGCACUUGCAGCUCGAGCAGCAAUAGCAAUGCCACGCCCCCCAAGCCCAUCAACGGACUGAGCUCCAAUCACGUGGACGAGUACGGCGUAUUCGGGGAGUAUGUGGCCAUCACCAUACGCAAGCUGAAGACCUCCAAGUCAAAGAUCGUGGUGAAGCACCUGAUCAACAAUCUGCUGUACGAGGCCGAGCUGGGGAAGUAUGAUCAGGGGAUGCCGGCCAGCAAGGAGCCGCCGCAGCUUUACAAGAUGCAAUAAAAGUGGGGGGGAAAUCAGAGGGAGGGGACAGACAACGCACUAGUCAGCAAAGCAACAAUGGGUUAAAGCCAGAGCCAACAAUUCUAAUGAAACCUUUUUAGGGGGGAAAAAAAGAGAGUAGAAAAUAGAAAGUCGAAGCUUAAUGGGUAGGGACAUGAGCAUUUCAUUCAGGGACAAAGACCAUAUAAGUACUUUAUCUACAUAUAUAUAUAUUAUAUAUUAUAUAAACACGAUUUAAGUGAGUAUAAAUCAUCAGAAGUCAGUCAGUCAAAGUUAAAAAAAAGGAGUGCAGUUGAAACAAACAUACCAUUAAUUAAAUUGAAUUAAUUAUAAAUGCUUUACGUUAAGUGUGCAUUUUUAUGCACGCGCCCAUAUAAAUAAUAUUACGUUUUUUUAAUUUCCACCAACGUUAUAUAUAUUUUUGAUUUUCGUUUUAUUAUAUACCGUAUAUAUUUACAUUUGGCAAUAACACUUUGAACUCAGGUGCCUUUAUUUUUUAGUCAAUUAAGUCUUGUUAUCUUAUGCAUAAAAGCGAAAACAGCAAACAAACACAAAAAAAAAAAAAUAAUAAGAAAAAAACAGCAACAACAAUGUAAAUUUAAUUAACUUUUUUAUCGCAUAUGCAAAUCCAUAUGUGUAAACUUAAUUCUGUAAAUAUAUAGAGAGGAUAAUGAAACGUGAAAUGUGCAUAUCUUAAUUUUUGUUAAUGCAUUAACUAAUUUGAAACGAGCGGCAGAAAGGCUCCAAAUAAAAAUGCAGAAAUGUUGAAUUUCAUUUUGAAAAUGA